CCGGUAUUAUCAUAACUGUUAGAACCUUGAUGAAUUGUUGGGUCCCUAAUCCAUAGCACCUGUGGUACCCGAAACUAUCCCAAAAAUCUCCAAAGAUAACGAACCAGAGAGAAAUUUUCAGAUGAACUUCAUCUUGCUAUCUCUUCUCCUCACAGUUUGCUUGGUAAUAUAGCGAGCCUUUGGAAAUUUAUCUACAAUACCCUGUAAGGAAACUCACCACUUAUCACCUGGAUUUCUGUUGCAGGAAAGGCUAUUGUCCUUAAAUUACAUUAGUUAUUUACCGUACUUUGUUGAAGCGCUCCUACUUCUCGAACAACCAAAGUUCCCACUCUUUCUUGCUAUUCUUGAAGCUCUUAAUCCCCUUCGCUUCCACCAGACACAAGCGAGACCAAUCAAAGCUCGCCCGAAAGGCUGCAGUGUCCUGCACAACCCUGAAAGGCUUAUCGCUUCCCCUCGAGCCCAGCUGAAACCUUUCUCCACUAACACCCCAUGCGGUGGAACUCAUGAAAAAGUCAAAGUUCCGAGCAUCCCAGCUUUCUGGCGCAGGCCUGCUGUCCGACAAAACGAAACAGGUACGAUCGCCCGGAAUUUCCGAACGGAUAUUUUGAGAUCUGGGUUAUUUCCCAUUAUUAAUUUGAGAGGAUGCUUGUGAGAAGGAGACUUUGAUGGGAGAUCCCAUGUAGGAAAGGUAAGGGUCUCACUGAGGCUGCAGUCUAGUGCCGAAGCAGAGGGAUUGGUGGAUCCACCAGAUCCCCACCCGUGCGUCAGUCUAGAAUUAUCUCUAGGUUGAUCCUGAUAUCGAUCCCCUUUUCGACGACCAUUAACCUUUACGGCCGUUUCCUCCUUCACAACAUAUCUCAGGAUAGACGAAGACAAUCGCAAUUGGACAAUAUCACAUACACAAUACGCAUACACAAUAUUGGGUGACUUCUGCGAAUAUCAAAUUGGAGGGUCCACCUGGACAUGACCAGCUAGAUGCUGAGCUGAACAUUUCUGGAUCAUCACAUUUCUGGGGCGAAUCAGCCGCAAGACAGCAUGGCACAACUCACAUCGCUGGAGGAACGGCGGCGGCGAUCUCGAAAUAUCAUACUAGGAGCCUUCCUUCUCCUCGUCGUUAUCUGGAUAGUAAAACUGGCUUUUCCUCAACACACGAUCAUCAGCGUCUACCAGAGCCACCGACCUAUAAUUCCAGCCACAGAAGAUACAGAGAAAGAAGCAAAAUCGCCUACAAAAGGAACAGACUGGAAAUCGCGCCCUGCGCCAGCGACUUCGAGUCUGCCAGAACCUACCUUCAACGGCAAUGUCUCUACUAAAGCAGCCGUAAUAGUCGAGACCCGAUUCCGCACCAACCUCAUACCUCUCAUCCUCCACUUCAGCAGCGUCCUCGGCCCCUCAUGGCCAAUCCUCAUAUACACGUCCCCGGAAUCAGUCGGCAUGUUUGCGACAUCUGCCGCGCUUGCGCGAUACAUCAAGACCGGCACGAUCCAAGUGCGCCUGCUCCCUCAGACGGUCCUCUUCACGAAUUCCGACUCGCUGAAUAAAUUCAUGACUGAUACGUGGUUUUGGGAGGAUCUGGAUCCGGUGGAGUAUGUGUUGAUUUUCCAGAGCGAUAGUAUGCUUUGCGCGAAUGCGGCGAGGAGCGUGGAUGAUUUCUUCGAGUACGAUAUGGUGGGGGCGCCGAUUGCGAAGGAAGGGGGGACGCCGUAUAAUGGUGGGUUGAGUUUGAGGAAGAGGAGUACGGUAUUGAGGGUGCUGGAGGAUUAUGAUUGGGAAACGACGCAGAAGGAGGGGGAUUGGUUUGAAGAUAUGUGGUACUUUAAUAGGAUGACGGAGUUACAGGCUGAGGAAGCCAAUGAAGGUAUUAAGCCUAAAGACAAGGGUGCAAUCAACCUGCCGACGAUGGAGGUCGCGAGAACAUUCAGUGUUGAAACAAUUGAUUAUCCGCAUCCAUUAGGUAUACAUCAGGUACAUAGAUGGGUAGAUGAUCAGAUGGCUAGUUUGGACGAAUGGUGUCCUGAAUAUAAGUUGUGCAGUGUAGAUCAGAUUGUGAAUGAUCCACUACCGCCUCCUCCAGAAUAGAGGUAUCGUUUGUUUUGUCAAUAUGCUGAAUAUAAUUGAGUCCAUGGUAGCCUGGAGUCCCGGAUGGAUACAGGAUACUAGAUCUGUGGAGUUUUCGGAGUUUUUGUAGAUAUUGAGUUGUAUGGACAUUAGUAUAGAAUUUGACGAUACCUCUUUUGAGCAAAAUCUCAUUUGAGACUUAUUUCUCAAGCGAAUUCAAAAGCUACUGGAGCUUUGGGUAGCAGUGCAGGAUGUCUCUUGGAUCGGUUUGGGGUAGAAUAGAAAGGAAAGCAUAGGCUCGAAGGCUCGACGACUCGAGGAGCCAUCUCAAGAGCCAUCUCUGUGCUAGGAAUUAGAUUGUUGACAUGAGAGAGCAUUGAUGAGAUACACAAGGAUUUAAAAGUUAGGAUUUAGCUGCUGUGGCCAUAUUCAUGCAGCGGCC